ACGUCCCAGAGUGCGGCACAUGUGAAAUUCACUUUCUGGCUCGGCGUCCGUUUCGUUUUCAUUGUAAUAAAUUGCCUGCGGCUUCGAGACGCUUCGAAUUAACUUGAUUGCCGUGCGUGGAAGACAACAGAGCCUGGCCAAAUGGACGAUAAUACGGAGAACGACGAUGGCAAGCGCGUGACGCGGGCCCGCACUCGCCGCCUGUCCGUCCUGGACACGGACAGCCGUCCGAGUACUCCGCAAUUGGUGGAUGCGACCGCCGCCGGAACCGCCUCGCCACGUGCCACACGCCGCACUCGCCUCAACUCGUCCACUGUGGAUGUGCGCACUCCGACCAGGACCAGACGCGCCUCCUUGGCCCGCAAUGAGACUCCCGAGCCGAUCACACCCUCUUCCGUGAAGCGCACAGCCCGCACGCCGGCCAAGGCCAUCAGAUCCGUGCGCCAACAGCUCACGCUCACCGAGGAGCCUGAGGAGAUCGAGGCCAAGUCGGAAAUGCCCAGUCCCAGCAAAAGUCCAGUGCCCAAGCGGAAGGCCAGUGCCUCGCCAAGUCCCGUGGCUGGGCGCACGGGCACUCCCACACUGCUCAGUGGCGAAAAGCGGGUGACCCGCUCCAUGUCCCAAACGCCGCCAAUGACCAGCGAUACGCCUCGCAAGCACAAUUCGUCUCCACAAGCAGUGGAGCCAGCCAAGGCUAAGAUCAAUACCAGAAACACACCCAAAGUGGCCGUCAGGUUGGAGAAACUACAGAUGGACAAAACAUCCGCGAAGAAGGCGGAGGUGUCCAAGCAAUUGAUACUUCCGGAGAAACUCAAGGAGAAGGAAUCGGAACCAGAAAUAAGUUCUCCCAGGGAUAAACAGUCGUUCUUAAAGACAUUUAACACACUUGCAUCAAGCAAGGCUUUUAAGUCUGAACAAAGCGCAGAUUCUGCGUAUAUGAAAGGCUCGGCUACCGAAACAUCAAAGAAAGCCGAAACCCCACAAAAAGUUAUCGCAGUGGAGACUCCCAAAGUUGUCAAGAAAGAUUCCGCUGCCGAGACGGCCAAGAAAGUCGAAACUCCCCAGAAAGAUAAAACUGCCGAGACCCCUAAAAUUGUACAGAAAACCGAAUCUAUUUCGGCAACCCCCAAAAAUGUGAAGAAAAUCGAAACUCCGCAAAAGACUUUGUCUGCGGAGGCUCCUAAAAGUGUAAAGAAAACUCCACAAAAGAUGGAAACUAUUGAGGAUCCUACAGUUGUACAGAAAAUAGAAUCUGUGGCGGCAGCCCCUAAAAAUGCCAAGAAAAUCGAAACUCCUCAAAAGAUUGCCGCUUCGGAGGCUCCUAAAAGUGUAAAGAAAACUCCGCAAAAGAUUGAAACUAUUGAGGCUCCUAAAACUAUACAGAAAUCGGAAUCUGUUGCGGCAGCCCCUAAAAAUGACAAGAAAAUCGAAACUCCUCAAAAGAUUGCCGCUUCGGAGACUCCUAAAAUUGUAAAGAAAACUCCACAAAAGAUGGAAACUAUUGAGUCUCGUAAAGUUGUACAGAAAACAGAAUCUGUGGCGGCAGCCCCUAAAAAUGCCAAGAAAAUCGAAACUCCUCAAAAGAUUGCCGCUUCGGAGACUCCAAAACUUGAAAAGAAAACUCCGCAAAAGAUUGAAGCCAUGGAUGCUCCUCAAAUUGUAAAGAAAAUUGAAACUCCACAAAAAAUAUCAUCAGUGGAGUCUCCUAAAAUUGCAAUGAAAAUCGAAACACCUCAAAAGAUGUCCUCAGUGGAGGCCCCUAAAAUUGUUAAGAAAAUCGAAACUCCUCAAAAAGUAGAGGCACCCAAAGUUGAAGAGAAAGCCGAAACCAUUGAAAAGAGAAGUCAAACUCCGCAGAAUGUUGUUUCUAUUGAACUAACAGAUUCCAGCCCAGAAAAAGAUGAGUCCAUGGAGGAUCAAGAGUUUUUGGAUGCAGAAGAAUCGCAUGUUGAGGUUGAGCCCCAAGACGUCGAGCAAAUACCGGAGAAAGAGUCGGAGGAGGUAAUCAAUCUCGAGAAAGAUGAGCCCGCGUUUUCUCCCCAGGCUGAAGAGGAGGUACAAGCCAGCGAGGAGGAUCCCCAAGACGAGCCCAUGGAUGUACUAGAGAAAAGCGAAAUCGACGUAACCGAGGUUGUUUAUCUGCCGAACCUCACUCCCGGCAUCAAAUCGCGUGUUGUGAACUCCCCUCCAGUCGAGCAGAAAAAGUCGGUGGGCUUUAACAACGACGGUGAUGACUUGGAGGUCGAAAAAACACGUUUUCCAAAGACUCCCGGUCGCGAGAAGGUGCCCGUCUACCGCACUUUGACUCCGAAGCCAGAGACACCAUUAAAACUAGCCCUUCAAAAAGGUCGAAAUAGUUCGACGCCCAUAGUAAAGGCUCCAGAGCGAACGCUGUCCAUCAGCCAGGCGGAACUGCAGACAGCUCCUCCCCAAAUUGAUGCCAUCAAGUCAUUCGAUGAGCUGGAAUCGGAGAAUGCCAAGGAUGAGGUGCAGCCGGCUGAUAAGUCACCACAAAAGCAGGUGAACAAAAUCCUUGCUCGCCUAGAAAGUUCCGACGGAGUGGAGGAUGCAGAGGACGAGGAGGAGAACGAAGAAGAUGAACCCCUUCCCGAGUUCGUGGACCUGGAAGCUGAGGACGCUGGGGAUGACUACGUGUCCGGGGACUCGAUGGACAGUUCGAUGCGGCGCGAGAUAGAGGAGAAUGAAAUUCCACACGAUGGUGAGUCCGUUGGCAGUAAGGACACCGAGGAGUCCACUCCAGAGGAAUCCGAAGGCGAUGAUUCCUUUAUAGUCUCCGACAAUGAAGAGGAUUUAGGCGAACUUUGCUACUCCUCGGACGAGGAAGAAAUCGAAGAACCCGAGAGGAACAGCGGCAAGCGUCGCCGCAUAAUGGUGCAAAGCUCCAGUGAUGAAGAGGAGCUCGAAGACAAAGGAAAGGAUCUAAACCAGAGCAAAUUGGAGAAGCCUAAGAACCAGAGCAACUGUUCCUCCAACGCCAGCAAACUAAGCGAGGCUGCCCAACUGAUGAACGCCAGCGAGGAAAAGUCUUCGAUCUCGGAAGCCGAGCUGGAGAGAUCCCGCCAGGUCGCUCUCAGCGAAUUGAACAAGUCCGAGAGAUUCAACAAGACGGAAACGCGCCUGGACGUCAGCGUCAUGGAGGUGGACUCCUCGGAUCACGAGGAAGAGGAGAAGUCACAAAAGUCCAAAGCCAAGGCCAACAGAAGUGUGUACGAGGUCAUGGACUCUGACGAUGUAGAGGACAUCGAGAAAGCUGCUAAGGAAGAGAAAUCCAUAGAGGAAAGGGAAUCGCAUGAGAACGAAGAAUCCAAUGAGAAAGUGGAGUCGGUUGAGCACGAAGAAUCCGAUGCAGAUGAGCCAUCUCCUUCUGCUAGAAAAUCCACAUCAUUUCAGGCCGCGAAAUCCUCCAAAUCGGCAGAUGAAGAAGCUCUGCUCGCCGAAUUGGCCUCUGGUAAUCUGAGCCACUUGGCAACAAUGUUCAAUCCGCUUCAGAAGUCCCGUCGACAGUCCCUGAUUGUGACUAGUUCCGAGCUGGCAGCCAAGGAACCUAAGUUGAGACGCCGCAGUGAUCGUGCCAAUGCUCCCAGUGACUUCUGUCCCUCGCAAUCCUUUGUUGAGGUGUUGGCCGAAAAAAAACGUCAGAAGAACAAGCGCAAGCGGCUCUCCAAGAGCUUGUCGGGCGCUCCCGAGGAUCUGGAAGAAAUGGAGAUCCAGCACGAGCGCAAGCGCUUAAAGAGUUCGCGAGCUGAGUCCAUAGAGUCGGUGGAGGGAGACCACGAAAAUGAGGAGACGACUGUCGCAGAGGAGGAUGCUAGCCAGGGGGAAAUCUCGUCCGAAGUUUCUAAAAAGGACGCUGCAUCGCCUACUGCUAUAGAGGAGUCCCCUGAAAAAGUAGAAGCCAUUCCAGAAUCGCCCUCGAAGGAGCCCACAACUUCUCAACACCAGAAUCCACCCGAGGAGGUUCCAAAAACUCUUGAAACUACUGAGCCUGCGGAGAAGUUGCCGGCCGAAAAGGAAAAGAACGCUGAGUUUUACUUGGCCUACUGUCACAACCUCUUGGAGGCAGCCAACGAGGCCAAAUUGAAGGAGAAGAAAGAGCAACGAGCCACGGGAUCGAAGCAAAAAAAACCCAAGCGCCUGGCUGCGCAAGCGGCUUCAAAAUCCUUGGUCACCACCACCAGCUCCGCCACCGCAGAAAAACCGAAGGUCAAGCCGGCCGCGCAGCCACCUCCGGUCAAGAAGGACAUUAAGCGUCUGCAGGCAGCACGCCAGGCUGUGAAUCAUGCUGUGAAUCUUCUCGCGCCGCCAAAAGCCACGGAUGCAGAGCCUCGCACGCUCUCUCGCAAAUUGUCCCCACAACCACCUACGGUGGCGACUAACAAAGUGGGCAAGCACAAGAAGCAAGCCAAGAAACCGAAGCCGCAGGAGACAACGCCGCCAAAGAGUUCGGAUGAGGAGAACCAUGGCCACCGGGUGAAUCGCAUCCGCACCACCGCCGGCUACGUGACGGUGGUCGAUGAGCCGCCAGUCCAGAAGGUUCCCAAGAUCGAGCUGAUCAAGACAAGUUCGGGUUUGGUGCGUGUGGAGCCAGUCACGCCCAAGCAGAAGUACUUCCGGGCGCUGCCCCCCACACCAAAGUGGCAUGGAUUCCGCGAGGAGCCGGGGCCCUCCGAGAUGUCGAGGAAGCGCUCCAAGCAUCCGGCAGCACGUGGCGAUUACAACCCCGCCAAGCAGUCGGCGCUGCGCUUCAAGGAGCAGAUCUUUUCUCGCAAAUAGAUCGAAUCUAGUAUUAGCGGUUGGAAAUGUCAAGUGUACACAAUGCAUACUUAUUUUUUGUUUUUCCUUAUUUCUUUUUCCAAAUUGAAUUUGAUUUUUCUUUUAUUUGUUCUUUUAAAUAUUUGUUGUGAAACAUGACCUCGCCUUGCCAUUUAUUAUACUUUUGAUCACUCACUUAUUCAGAACCAUCACACACACUACCCAGAAAUAAAUUUAUGUUUGUUAAAUCUUUAA